AUGAAGCGAGCCGGGGCGCUGCGGCAGGUCUCCGACUUCAGUGACUUUGUGAGUGGGCGACGCCUGCGGGAGCUGCUGAGCCAGCGUGGGCCGGGCGAGGCACCCCGCCACGUCCAAACCAGCCCAGAUGGGCAGCACCUCCUGCUGCUCCUGCGUGGUCGGCCGGUGCUCCAGCCGCAGGUGCUCACCUUCCAGCGCCUGGGCACCGGCGCAGGGGACCUGGAGAGGAGCUGGCAGCCGCCCCAGCCCCCCAUCACGGGGCUGCUCUUCCUGCAGAGCCCCGCAGCGCUGACCUCCUGGGUGCUGGCCGUCGUCUGGGAGCAGGGCAGGACAGAGGUCUGGGGGUUCGCGCCAGUGCUGGGCUGGCAGCUGCAGCAGACCCUGGAGCUGUGCCAUGGGGCCCGGGCUCGCGUCGUUUCCAUCUGCAGUCAGGGGAGCAGCCUGGUCUGGUGUGAGGAGAGGCCCCCCUCGGACGCUCAUCUGGACCCAGGCAGGGGGGCCUUCAGGUACUGCAUCUGCACCAGGGCUCUGGAGGUGGGGGAGCAGGGGGCACACCUGGGCGCCAUGAGGAUAGUGGUGCACAAUAGCCCCCAGUACCAAGUCCUGGCCUCACCCCAGCACGUCUUCCUGGUGCCCACCGGUGCCACCUUUGCCAGCGUCUCCACGUUCCUGCUCAUCUGGUGCCCCCGGGAGGCUAAAGUCACCAUUGUGGCCCCGUCUGGCAGGUUCGUCCACAGUGAAGUCCUGCACUCCAGUGACUUCAAGAAGCUCGUGUUUGGGUCCGUGGGUCUCCUGCUGUCCGUGGCGCCUCUGGACAUUCAUACUUGUGCCCUGUCCAGCUGCGGGGGGCUCUUGCUGCUCAGCACACAAGGCACAGUGCAUCUGGUUCAGCCAGACGGGACCUGGAGACACGUCUGUGAUCUGGGGGGCAGCUGCCUGGCCCAAGGAGACCCCGUGCAGCUGAAGGCCUUUGGCAGCACCCUGACCUGUGUGCUGGCGGGGGUCUUGUAUCUCAUUGACUUGACCAGUGGGAGGCUGAUUGAGAAAAAACUCCUGAGCACCAGAGAGGUGCAUUUCCUGGAGUCCCCAAGCAGGGAGGAGGAGAUCCAGCUCCUCACCCCAACCGGUAUCUAUUGCUUCAGCUUCUCCAGCCCGGAGGAGGGUGGGAGGCCUGAGCCCACCCUGGUGGAGAUGGUCUUUGAGGAAGCCUGCAAGUACUACCAAAGGCGGAGCCUCAGCAGCUCCCAGCUGACGGUGGAGAAGCUGAAGAAGGGGGAGAUGUUCCAGGCACCCAUUGCUCUCUCCUCCAUCCUGCAGCACAGCCUCCCCCGUAAGGAGAGGGCAGCCAAGGGCCUCCCGGAGACCUACGCCAAACUGGUGAGCACCCUGAGCAUGGAUCUCCAGAGCUACCUGAGCCUGGAGCUUCUCAAGUCCUGCAUCGUGGGCGCUUCGGAGAGCGAAGUCGACAGGUGCUGCGAGGAGCUGGUGGAGCAGGAGGUCAGCCGCCUCCUGCGCUUGGACUUGGACAGGGAGAACCUGGCCUAUCUGAACAGUGUCUUCAAUUCCUUCCCCAAGGCCUCCUGGAAAGCCAUCCGGAGCAGCCUGCAGCUGCAGCAGAAUGGAGACGGGCUCUUGGUGGCCAGGGCCACCUCCGACCUCUGGAAGAAGGUCUUGGGGGGGCCAGUCCCUAACUGGUCCCAGCAGGAGGAGAUGGGCCUCAAUGGGGUGGUCCCGCUCUUCGAGCUCAUCUGCGGCUCCCUGCACAGGUUCAAACCCAAGUGGCUGCCCAGCUUUGUGGAGCUGACCCAGCAGUACGUUGGGGCCUCCUGGACGUACAGCACCCAAGAGGGCCCCGAGGGCGGGGGGCCCCUCUACAAGAGAGCACUGGCCGUUCUCGACAGGCAGCGCCACCGCACGGCCAGCGACUGCGAGCUGGAGAUCGAGCUGCUGCUGGGCAGCGCGCGGCCCAAAGCCGUCCUGCAAGCCGUGCAGCUGCUCAUCCGCCUCCGCCGGUGGCAGCGGGUGGUGGAGGCGGCCGAGAAGUUUUCCAAGCUCAGCCCGCUGCUCAACAAGGAGAUCUUCACCACCCUCCUGGCGCAGUUUGCCCAGCACAGGGACCUGGACCCGUACCUGGCCGCCCUGUGGGAGCUGUGCCCUGCAGACCUGACCGUCUCGGACAUUCUCAGCAUCGUCCUGCAGCACCUCCCCAGCUCGGAGGGCGACCCUGCUCCCUUCUGUGCCGGGGGGGCCCCGCUGACCCUGGCCUUGCUGAAGCCGCUGUUGCACAAGGUGGCACAGCACCAGUGCACUCAGGACGAAUUCUAUGCCGACAUCUUGCAGGGCCCUCCGUUCCCACCGCCUGCUCCGCCGAGACAGCACAGGGCUGGCCCCAAGGCAGCCCCAGAAAUGCUGCAGCAGGCGGGAGCGUGCAGGACUCCUUUCCCGGGCUGUAACCUGAGCGACGCUGUAUGA